ACGAAAGUGAAAAGCAUUCCUUUAAACUGCCUUUUCAUCUACAGAAAACGCUCAGUUCCUGGUUUGGCCGGUUAGGUGGUUCUUGGAAGCUGUUUGACAGGCUGGGCUCUCACUUCACGUUGGUCUGCAAACUACAAACAUGUCAGAAAUCGGUGAAAUAGAUGAAGGAUUCUACUCCCGGCAACUGUAUGUUCUGGGUCAUGAGGCGAUGCGUCGUAUGGGCGAAGCCAACGUCCUGAUAGCAGGAAUGAGGGGUCUGGGCGUAGAAAUAGCCAAGAAUGUGAUCCUGUCUGGAGUCAAGUCUGUCACUGUCCAGGACGAAGGACUGGCGGUGUGGGCCGACCUGUCCUCACAGUUCUUUCUGAAGGAGUCACAUCUUGGUCAGAACAGAGCCACGUGUUCCCUGCAACAGCUGUCUGACUUAAACCCACAUGUCCGUGUGUGGGCCCACACUGGACCCCUGAACGAGGACCUGAUUAAGCAAUUUCAGGUGGUGGUCCUCACUGACUCCUCACUGGAUGAUCAAAAGCGGUUUGGUGAGCUCUGCCAUUCGCAUGGAAUUAAGUUCAUUGUGGCAGACACCAAAGGGCUUUGUGGGCAGCUGUUCUGUGACUUUGGGGAGGAGUUUGAGGUCUUGGAUCAGGAUGGAGAGACGCCUGUGUCAGUGAUGAUACAACACAUCUCUAAGGCAAAUCCUGGAGUGGUGAUUUGCACAGAUGACCAGAGGCAUGGACUUCAAGAUGGCUCUAAAGUUGUCUUCUCUGAGGUCCAAGGCAUGACCGAGCUCAACAGCAUGAGCCCCGUCGAGAUCAAAUACUGCAGUGCGUAUUCCUUUAGCAUUGGCGACACUUCAGGAUUUUCUGACUACCAACGGGGUGGAGUGGCGACUGAGGUUAAACAGCCCUGCAAGCUGAGCUUUAAACGCCUGAGCGAGGCUCUGCUCGAUCACGAACUGCUGACAUGGAAUGACUUUGGGAAAAUAUCAAAGCACACGACCCUGCACCUGGCCUUCCAGGCCCUCCAUAGCUUUGCAAAGAGAGAAAAGCGUCUCCCUAAUCCUUGGUGUCAGUCAGAUGCAGACUCGCUGCUUGCCAUCGUGAGGGAGCUGAAUACAGCUGCACAGGUGGAACAGCUGGAUGAGGCUGUGGUGCGAAGACUUUCCUACACGGCUCGGGGUGAUCUGGCUCCUGUGAACGCUUUCAUAGGAGGCUUGGCUGCUCAGGAAGUUAUCAAGGCAUGUAGUAGGAAGUUUACACCUCUUAAGCAGUGGAUGUAUUUUGAUGCCCUGGAGUGCCUCCCUGAAGAGGACCAUCAACUGACUGAGUGCUCCACAAAAGGCACAAGGUACGAUGGACAGAUUGCUGUGUUUGGACCGGCCUUCCAGGAGAAGCUUGGGAGGAUGAAGUAUUUUCUGGUUGGAGCUGGUGCUAUUGGCUGCGAACUUCUGAAAAACUUUGCCCUCAUGGGGCUUGGCGCAGGAAGAGAGGGACAAGUCACUGUGACAGACAUGGACUUCAUAGAAAGAUCCAAUUUGAAUCGUCAGUUCCUGUUCAGGUCUCAGGAUAUUGGGAAAGCUAAGUCGGAAGUUGCAGCCAAAGCAGGACGCCAGAUGAACCCGGAAAUGAAUAUCAUCGCUCACCAGAAUCGUCUGGACGCCGACAGCGAGGGAGUGUAUGAUUACAACUUCUUCAUGAGUCUGGAUGGAGUGGCUGCAGCCCUCGAUAAUGUGGAAGCCAGGGUCUAUCUCGAUGGACGCUGCGUUCAACAUCAGAAGCCGAUGCUCGAGGGAGGAACCCUUGGAAGCAAGGGUCAUACUCUGGUGGUGGUGCCUCACCUGACGGAGUCCUAUGGACCCGCUAAGUCUAGCGCCGGUAAUGCCAUCCCAAUGUGCACACUCAAGAACUUCCCGUAUCGAAUCGAGCACACACUGCAGUGGGCCAGAGACCAGUUCGAAGGACUAUUUAAACACACACCUGAGAAUGUGAAUCUCUUCUUGAGUGAUUCAGAGUUUGUAAAUCGAACUCUGGACCAUGGAGAUGCUGAGGCCCUGGAGAUACUUGAAGGGGUGUGGAGCAGCCUUGAGGACAUGAAGGCUGGAGGAAAACGCCCGACAUGCUGGGAGGACUGUGUGAGCUGGGCGCGACGCAAGUGGGAGACUCUCUAUAACAACGAUAUUCGUCAACUUCUGCACUGUUUCCCUCCCGAAGAGGUGACUGCUAAUGGCCUGCUCUUCUGGUCUGGAACCAAGAGAUGCCCUCAUCCACUGACCUUUGACCCUAAUAAUUCUACCCAUUUGGAGUAUGUUGUGGCAGCUGCUAAUCUGUACGCUUGCAUCUACGGGAUCAACGGGACAACAGACAGAGCCGCUAUCAAAAGGAUCUUAGAGCAGGUCCAUGUGCCGCCUUUCACGCCCAAGUCUUCUGUAAAGAUUCACGUUACUGACAAGGAGAUGGAGGAAGACAAAAAAAAGGGGAGCGACGAUGCAGGUGAGUUAGCCGUGAGUGUCGGUAAUCAUGCUACCACCUCACUGCCUUACAGCCCGCCAUCUCUUCACGCUCUCUGUGUCUUUGUCACAGAAAAGGCCAGACUUGAGGAGUUGAAAGUGAAAUUGGCCUUACCGGCUCGGAGAAGCUCAUCUAAGAUGCGCCCCAUCGACUUUGAGAAGGAUGACGACACCAACUUCCACAUGGACUACAUAGUUGCUGCAUCCAACCUGAGAGCAGAGAACUAUGAAAUUCCUGCAGCCGAUCGCCACCAGAGCAAGCGCAUCGCAGGAAGGAUCAUGCCUGCCAUAGCCACCACCACAGCCGCAGUGGCAGGCCUGAUGUGCCUGGAGCUGUUUAAACUGGUGCAGGGUCAAGAGAAGAUCAGCUCGUACCGCACAGCUUACAUUAACCUGGCUGUCCAGUACUUUGUCCUGUCCCAGCCGAGCCGGCCCCAGGCCUUCGAAGUUGCAGGAAAGAAAUACACCCUGUGGGAUGACUUCCUUGUCGAGGGCAGACGCGGCGGUCAGCAGGAAAUGACCUUGGAAGAUCUGGUCCAGUAUGUCAGGGAGAAGUACAACUUGACCGUCUCCAGUCUAUUCUAUGGACCCGCUAUUCUGUACAGUGGACAGAAAGACAGGCUCACGAAGAGUGUGUCUGACGUGGUGAAGAUGGUGACGAAAAAGGACAUCCCUCCACAUAAGAAGGUGUUGGAGUUGAUCCCCUCGUUUGCUGAAGACGAGGACUGUGAAACUGUCCCGACGAUCAGGUAUCUGCUCCUGUGAUGCAGGCGAAGUGAAGUUUCCGCAAAAAUCCCCUGAGGACGCGCCACAAGGAAAAGGUCGUCCCUCCUGAGACUUCAUCUGUUCAUUUUCAUUUUCAUUUUCAUUUUCAUACAUAUUUUCAUUUUUCUUGUUCUUUUAAAUAACUGUACCGGUAGUCCUAGACAUUUUAUUUAGUGAUUAUUAUGUACCACAAUCACUCUAUGGGAUCAGUUGUCAUGUCUCUGAGCGAUGUCCAUACGAUGCUACAAAAACGACCAUAAUGAGGUGACCAGAGAUAUUACCACUAACGUCUGCUUUUGAUUACAUUUGAGGAGUGCCUUUUGAGGGAAGAUCUGAAACUGCAGGGACAGUGAUGCUACUGAUGUUUAAUUCAGAUCAGGCUGAGCACAGUGGUGAAUUUAUGCAGGUAGAAGACACUUGAACCACCAUCGUCCACCCUCCUCCUCCUCCUCCAUUAAACAUCCCAGAGCUGUUCACAGUGGAGACACUGGAUUCAUGUAGAAAGCCUUCAUCUGUCCUGCUUUUGUGUAUCGUGCCCUUCCCCUUUUCCACAUCCUCACAAUGUGCUUCACUCCGCACCCUCACAUUACCAUACUGACAGCUGUGCUGCUUUCCCAGUUAGUUAAUUUUGAACUCAUGUCAUGUGAAUCAUCUCUGUAAUUAUCCCUGUUGCUAUGUAUGAAUCUAAUUCAUCUGUGCUGUGUAAUUGGGAGUAUGAUAUAAGGAUGCAGUUUGUGAUUAAAUUCAGAUGCAACAGUAACACAAUAAAUGAGGAACAAAUUGUA